AAAGCAGGAGAAGGGAGAAGAGAGAAGAAGGAAGGAGUGUGGAAAACAAGGAGCCUUGCAUGCUUAUUUAUAGGAGAAUGAAUGGUUAGGAUCAAGUAGAUAGGUUUUGAUCCAAUGGAUGAGAAUUGGUGCAUCCAAUGCAAGUGGGUUUCAUCAUCACUAAGGUAGUGCAUUUGCAUUAUCAUUAAAGAAAAUGAAAUUUAAGCCAACUCUCUCUCUCUCAUUCAUGAUGGCUUGGCCACUAGGGAGAUAGUGCACAAAUUAGGAGAAGUGGGUGAUGAGUUGACAAUCAAAGGAAGUAUUAAGUAAUGCUAUAUGAAUUUUCGUCCAAAUAGAGACCAGCUUACUCCAAGCAACGUUUUGAUGGUCAAAACUACUCCGAUCGCUGUGAAAUUUUGAGGGUAGAUACAUGAUGUCAAGAUGAACACUUUCUCUUUUUGGUCCAACUCAAUCCGAGUUCGUUAUGACUGAGUUUUGGUCAAUCAAAGUUUCUGGUUUACUUUGACAAGUUAAAACAAGAUAUUGUUUAGACUACUUUCAUUUUAUGAUUGCUCUAGAUUCUAUUCUAGACAUCUUUUAUUCUUUCAUCAUGAGAGGAGGAGGGAAUAAAUGUAGUGGAAUGUUGCACUAGGUGUUGAAUCAUUAUAUCUUCCACUAUCAUAUUUAAUCAUCCAACUAAAAUGAUUAAACACACAUGCAUUUAUCAAUGGUAUUCUUAUGGUAUAAAAAUAGGUCUUUCACAUGUUGAGUUGGGUGGUGACUCAUGUAAUCAUCAUGAUCAUAGGAAGAUAACAUGUGAUAGAUGGGUUGGAUUUGUGGAUAGCAAUUGGAAUGGGUUGGGUUAAGUUCAAAGAUGGCCCAAUAAUGAAUAAUGUGAAUUUCCGUCCAGAACAGGGGUUGUGUUUUUGACGGAUGUUUUCGGGUACCAAAUAAAGUCCAAAAAUUAUGAAAUUUGGAGGGUAGCUAGAGGACUUCAAGAUGAGCGUUCAGAAUUUUAAAUCGACCAAAACGGAGUUCGUUUGACCAUGUUUCCGUUAUUCCAAAGUUUAAGGUUUGUUUUGAAUGAGUUGAAUACAAUGAGUGCUCCCUUAUUUAUAGAGACUAGAAUAGAAAUGAGUCUUCUAUCUUAGCAAUGUGGGACAAGAGGAUGAAGCUUUUAUAUAAGCCAAUGGCCAAAGCUUCUCCUCACUUAGGCAAUGUGGGACAACCAACAUAUUAUCUCUAACAUCUACUACAUCACAAUCUUCAUUGCCCGCAUCAGACGCUCUGAGAGAUAUAAUCCUAUGGAAGAGAAAGAAGCAAAGUUUGUUGGUUCUCUUAAUCGCAACAGCAGCAUGGGUGCUUAUGGAAGUCUAUCAGUUCAACUUCAUCACUAUUAUUUCAUGGGCAGCCAUGUUCAUUGUCGUUUCACUGUUCCUUUGGGGCAAUAUUCUUAGGCUUCUUGGCAAAGACCCGUCAGACAUGUCGGGGUUGGAAAUUUCAGAGGAAACAGCUCUUGAGAUGGCGAAUUGGAUUCGAGCAUGGAUUGAGGAGGGAAUCCGAUGGAUGUUCCGCGUGAGUGCAGAGAGAGAGUGGUUUGUAUUUGCAGGAACUGUUGCUGGUUUGGGGUUACUCUCCUAUGUGGGAACUCUCACCGAUCUGCUAACACUUAUUUACACAGGUAUUGUAAUGGGCAUGACUGUUCCAGUAUUAUAUAUGAAGUACGAGGAUAAUAUAAAGAGGCAUGAGGAGUGGGUGAAGGGGCAAGCCAGAAGAUUCUAUGACAUGGUUGAUGAGAAGGUGGUAAAGAACAUGAAGAACAGGAUCGUAGAAAGGAAGAAGGAGAAGAAGGUUGAAUAGUUCCUUUAAUUACUUGCAUAAGGACGUCUAUGUAUGUAUCUUCUUUACGUUUGUAGUAGCUUUGGCUGCUAAAAGUCUUGCAUUUAUAUUGAUUCCUUGUGUACGUAAUUUAA